CGUGCCUCAACAUUGGACGGCAUGAGAUGGCAAAAAAAGAUGGAUGAAAGUGGGAGGUGCCAGGCUGGUGCGAAGCGCGGGACCCUGAAGCCUGAGCUUAGGUAAGGCAGGGUAGCUGUCACCGCAAGCUCCUCAUACUGGUGGGGGGCCCAGUCGCUAAGGUACUGCCAAAGCUGCACUUGCCCACCUCAGUUCCAUUGCUUGCAUUUCCAAUUCUGGCAGGGAUUGGGGGGAAGGUGCGUGGGUGCUUGGGUGCUCCCCUCCUGCCAUCCGGCCACGGACCAAAGUGCACAGGCCACUCCGUUGGAUUGAGGGGCAGCUACGCUCCUCAGCACCUUCUCAGCACCUUUCUCCCCUCCCCUCACCUCACCAAACAUGGGGGGGGGGGGUGCCGGCCGGUGCAGGGAACAAGUUCAACGAGGGGCAAAGCGGCGGCCACCCGGGCAGACUGAGGGAAAAAAAAAAAAAAAAAAAAGAGGGAGAAAAAAAAGGCGCCGACACCACCGCCGACGCAGGCCACAGCAAAUGGAAGCAGCAAGCAGAGGACGGGGAGUGCGCCGCCGGGCAGCUUCACGCUUCACUUGGGUCGUUUGGGCCAGGAGCAAAUUGUUUCUCGUCCCUGCCCCUCGUGUGUCUGCCUCUGCAUCUGCCUCUGCCUCUGCUUCUCUUGUCUGAGUCUCUCCUCCCGUCCCGUCUUGCCUUAAGGUGGUCUUCAACAAAUACCUGGCUGAGGCUGAUGCUCAAAUACAUCAUCUUGUGCAUAAAUCCUGCAUUGGCCUAGCCGCCCCCCAAAAUCAAAGAGUCUCACUCGUCAACCUCGUCGAUUUGUAUGACCUUUUUUUAUCGUACUUUUUUUUUAUUAGUUAUCUCUCCCCUUGGCCUUACGUACCUUGCCUGACCUUGCCUUGACCUCUCCCUCUCUGUGUCUUCUCUCUGCCCACCCCCACUCCCAGCAGGAUUUAACAACCGCAUUAGACCCCUCCUCCUCUUCUUCCACUCCUCCCUUUCGCCUCGACCAUCCUUAAGUAGCACACUUCUCCUCUGCUACAUCUAUCCUCCAUCCUACGGUGAUCGACUUUUCCUAUCAACUCUCCUCACCACCCGUCCAAACACAUACCUAUACAUCUAGACACAAUGGCUGCUACCGCCAAGGACCAUCUCGAUGUCGGCGGCAAGAUCGCAUGGCUCUCCAGCCUCGACACCGCCUACCAGCCCGAGAAGAACUACCGCCGUUCUUCCAUCAUCUGCACCAUUGGCCCCAAGACCAACUCCGUCGAGGCCAUCAACGCUCUGCGCAAGGCCGGUCUGAACGUUGUUCGCAUGAACUUCUCCCACGGCAGCUACGAGUACCACCAGUCCGUCAUUGACAAUGCCCGCGCCGCCGAGAAGGCUCAGCCCGGCCGUCAGAUCGCUAUUGCCCUCGACACCAAGGGCCCCGAGAUCCGCACCGGAAACACAAAGAACGAUGAGGAUCUCCCCAUCUCCGCCGGCAAGAUCCUGAACUUCACCACCGAUGAGCAAUACGCCACUGCUUGCGACACCGACAACAUGUACGUCGACUACAAGAACAUCACCAAGGUCAUUGAGCCCGGCCGUAUCAUCUACGUCGACGACGGUGUCCUCGCCUUCGAUGUCCUCAGCGUCAAGGAUGACAAGACCGUCGAGGUCCGCGCCCGCAACAACGGCUUCAUUUCCUCCAAGAAGGGUGUUAACCUGCCCAACACCGAUGUCGAUCUUCCCGCCCUUUCCGAGAAGGACAAGAACGAUCUCAGAUUCGGCGUCAAGAACAAUGUCGACAUGGUCUUUGCCUCCUUCAUUCGCCGCGGCCAAGACAUCAAGGACAUCCGCGAUGUUCUCGGCCCCGAGGGCAAGCACAUUCAGAUCAUCGCCAAGAUUGAGAACCGUCAAGGUCUCAACAACUUCGAGGAGAUCCUCACCGAGACUGACGGUGUCAUGGUCGCCCGUGGUGAUCUCGGUAUCGAGAUUCCCGCCGCCGAGGUCUUCGCUGCCCAGAAGAAGAUGAUUGCCCUCUGCAACAGAGCCGGCAAGCCCGUCAUCUGCGCUACCCAGAUGCUCGAGUCCAUGAUCAAGAACCCCCGCCCUACCCGUGCCGAGAUCAGCGACGUUGGUAACGCUAUCACCGACGGUGCCGACUGUGUCAUGUUGUCCGGCGAGACCGCCAAGGGCAGCUACCCCAACGAGGCCGUUUCCGAGAUGCACGAGGCCUGCCUCAAGGCCGAGAACACAAUCCCCUACGUUUCCCACUUCGAGGAGAUGUGCACCCUGGUCAAGCGCCCCGUCAGCGUUGUCGAGUCAUGCGCCAUGGCCGCUGUCAGAGCUUCCCUCGACCUGAACGCUGGCGGCAUCAUCGUUCUCUCCACAUCCGGAGAGUCUGCCCGCCUUCUGUCCAAGUACCGCCCCGUCUGCCCCAUCUUCAUGGUCACAAGAAACGCCUCCGCAUCCCGCUACGCUCACUUGUACCGUGGUGUCUACCCCUUCCUGUUCCCCGAGGCCAAGCCCGACUUCAGCAAGGUUAAUUGGCAAGAGGAUGUCGAUCGCCGCAUCAAGUGGGGUGUUGAGCACGCUUUGGAGCUCAACGUUGUUAGCAAGGGUGACACUCUGGUCGUUGUCCAGGGCUGGAAGGGCGGCAUGGGUAACACCAACACCCUGCGUAUCGUCAAGGCCGACCCCGAGCACCUUGGCAUUGGAACUUUGUAAUGGAUUGGAUUGCGGACGAGGAAUGAAAAAGAGAAGAGAGGCCCGUCGGCGAGCGGGAGAUACCAAAGUACCUAGUAAACCGUGAUAGACGAUGGUGGACUAUACUGUCCAGCACACACGAGUAUGAUUUGCACACAUGAAUAAAGUUGAUAUCACCUUCC